ACUUUAUGCUAACAGAAAGAGGCGAACAAAAAAGGCUACCAAAAGCAGUCAGAAACCUCUUUAAAAGUUUCUUUUCCACCUUUAUUCCAGUAAGCCUGUUUUGGAAAUGUUAAAGAGACCCCCUUAUGGCUGCACAGGCCCAAUACAACAGCUCAUCUGGCUCUGACCCAGUCGGUUAUGAGGAAGGAUCAGGUCCAUUUGCGGUCAUCAUUAUCCCAAGCUUGCUGGCUCUCAGCACUCUGAUUGUUGUGUCUCAGAUAAUAUGGAGCUUUGUUACAAAAAGAUCAUCAGCUCAGGUUAUCACAGGCUCAUCUUCAAAUGUAAACGAAGGGGAGCCUGUACCCUUGGACACAGGCGUCGGGACCCUGCGGCCUACACAGGGAGCUCUGGGUCUAUGGGAGAUACCUGCUCUGUGCACCCUGGAGGGGGUUGAGCCGCUUCAGAUGGGACAUUAUGGGCCAAUCUGCACGGCUCAGCUAAAACAAGACAACACAUCUACUGCUGUAGUGAUUAAAACUCUUAAAGACAGGUCAAAUCAAUCGGAGGCUACAGAAUUUGUGGAUUUUUGCCUCUUCCUUGCAGCAGUGAGCAAACACAAGCAUAUAGUGAAGAUGUUAUACUGUCAGACACGCCGGACGCCCAUGUAUCUGGUUUUGGAGGCAAGCUUUCCAGGAAACCUCCUGCAUUUCCUCUGGAGUCUUCGAGAAGACAGAUGUGGUGCAGGUGAUAACUUCCAAGUGUUUUCAGAGAUGUCUGUUUAUCUAGCAGCUAAACAGGUAGCAGCAGGUCUGGACUACAUACACUCCUACCAUAGAAUUAUUCAUGGGGAUGUUGCAGCCCGGAACAUGUUGAUUGGUUCAGGGCUCUCUGUCAAAGUGUCCGGAUUGGAUUGGGCUUUUAAUAGCCGCCAGAUGAGGAUGGUGGACAAGGAACAAGAAGUCAAUGUGCCUGUAAAAUGGCAGGCGCCAGAACGGAUAAUGAGGCUUCCCAUAACAGACAGGAGUGAUGUAUGGUCUUUUGGAAUCCUGCUUUAUGAGAUGAUAACCCUGGGGUCUCCUCCCUAUCCUGACCUGGAUCCGUCUGAAGUGCUGCCCAACACUUUAGCCCAUUACCGGAUGAAAAGACCAGAAAACUGUGGAGCCCCAUUAUAUGACUUAAUAAAGUACUGCUGCAUGUGGAACUUCAAGGACCGGCCUGUGUAUUCUGCCAUUAUUCGGCUUCUAGACUCAUACAAGUACCUCGCUGACACAAAACCGCUUCGCCCUGAACAACAAAUGGACAUCUGUGUGUACAGGAGGAUAGCAGGACUGCCUCAAUGUCAAUGAGAUCUACACAUUCAGAGGAUUUCCAAUUUAUCAUUUCUGCAGUGCGUAAAAAUAGCACAAUAGAUUCAGUUCCAUUUAAGACUGACGCCAAUUUCAGCUAGUUUGUGGUCUCGUCUAGCCAUGGCAUGACUAGCAGAACGUCACUAGAUGUCGCCCUAUUUCUCGGAAUUGUCAAAUAU